AUGUGUAAAGAAGAGUAUGUAAUGAGUUCAUGGGGUCCUGGCCACGUGCAUCGCCUAUCAAUGUCAAAUGUCUCGGUUGUGAGCAGGGCCUUCCAGGCCUCCAUACACAAGCUGGGAAUGGGUGCGAUGGACAAAACGGCCAGCUUCAAGCUUCUGGACGCGUAUUUCGACGCUGGCGGCAAUUUCAUCGAUACUGCCAAUGCCUAUCAGGAUGAGACAUCUGAGAUGUUCAUCGGCGAGUGGAUGGAGCAGCGGGGCAUCCGAGACCAGAUCGUCCUCUCGACCAAGUUCACGAUGAACUUCAAGGCCCGCCAGAACGACGUUCAGCAACAGGUCAACUACGCCGGCAACAACCGCAAGUCGAUGACGCUCAGUGUCGAGGCCAGCCUCAAGAAACUCCGCACGUCGUACAUCGACAUCCUCUAUGUCCACUUCUGGCACUGGGACGCGAGCAUCCGCGAGUUGAUGGACGGGCUGCACAAUCUCGUCACGCUCGGGAAGGUGCUGUACCUGGGCAUCUCGGACACCCCGGCGUGGGUGGUCGCACAAGCCAACCAGUACGCACUCGACCACGGAAAGUCGCCCUUCGUCAUCUAUGAAGGCUGCUGGAACGUCAUGGACCGGGCGUUCGAGCGCGAGAUCAUCCCCAUGGUCCGCGCACAUGGGAUGGCCCUCGCGCCUUGGAACGUUCUGGCGCAGGGAAAGUUGCGCACGGACGCCGAGGAGGAGGCCCGGCGCGUGUCCGGAGAGAAAGGGCGAACGUUAUUCAGUGCGGACUGGGAGCGUAACGAGGACGAGAAAAAGAUGUCGCAUGCGCUCGAGAAAGUCGCGGGGGAGAUCGGGGCCAAGAGCAUCUCUUCCGUCGCGAUCGCGUAUCUGAUGCACAAAGUGCCGUACUGCUUCCCCAUCAUCGGGGGGAGGAAAGUCGAGCACCUUCUGUCAAACAUCGAGGCUCUGGAGAUCUCACUCUCCCCGGAACAAAUCGAGUUCCUGGAGAGUGUGCUUCCCUUCGACCCUGGCUUUCCAGCGACCAUGAUCGGCAACGGUAUUUCGUCUACCCCCUUCUUGGAAACAGCCGGGCACUGUGACCGAAUGCCCGUUCAGCAGACGAUUCCUCAUACGAAAAAGUUGGUGGGAAGGGACUAGCCGGACGUGCAAAAGCGCUCGUUGCCAGCGAAUUAGGCCGCUGCAGUGUACAUACUUCUCAUGAGUCAUGACUCACUCGAAGCGUGUCGUAAAUAUGAAUUCUCCCUGGCUGUUCUUUGCCCCG